CUCCGGAGCCUGUCACGGAAGUGCUGCAGUUGUAGCGGGCGUGAUGGCUUCAAGGUUACUUCGCGGAGCUGGAGCGCUGGUCGCGCAGGCCCUGAGGGCCCGCGGUCCCACUGGGGCGGCCGCGGUGCGCUCCAUGGCGUCUGGAGGUGGUGUUCCUACUGAUGAUGACCAGGCGACUGGGCUGGAGCGGGAGGUCAUGUUGGCUGCACGGAAGGGACUGGAUCCAUACAAUAUGCUAGCCCCAAAGGCAGCUUCAGGCACCAAGGAAGACCCCAAUUUGGUCCCCUCCAUCACCAACAAGCGAAUAGUGGGCUGCAUCUGUGAAGAAGACAACAGUGCUGUCAUCUGGUUCUGGCUGCACAAAGGCGAGACCCAGCGAUGCCCUAGCUGUGGAACCCAUUAUAAGCUGGUGCCCCACCAGUUGGCCCACUGAGCCCGUGCACUAACUCAAAAUGUGCUGUAAAGUUUGUUUCUAAUGAAGACUAGCCAUUGCUUUGGCUCCUCCUACA